UGAUUUUUUCCUUCUGUCGUAUAUUCCUUUACCAAAAAGGAGAGGGGGAAACAGAGAGGGGGAAAGAAAGAGGGGUAGAGUUUGAGUUGAACAACUGUUGCACACACUCACAAUAGCUUUCUAGGAAGCUCUUUGGAUCACACACACACCAGCCAUCAUUUCAUCUGCUAACAGAGGACCCUGGAGUGAGGUUGACAGCAGAAGUUUGUCUCAGAGUCACACAGCUGUUUGAGGGGGAGUGAAUGAGUGUGUAUGUGCAUGCUCUGUGGACACACAGUGACUCCGCUGAACUUGUCAAUAUACUAAAUUAGCUGAUCCAGAUUGGACAUACGGACUGGACUGGGCAGUGGAUGUUUCAGCUGACUGUAAAGCCUUUGGCUGCAACGAGGAAUACUCUUUUGCACCCGAGAGAGAAAUAGGGGGGACAGAGAGAGAGAGAGUGAGAGAAAGAGAGAGAAGGGAGAAGUUCAGUGGACUGUUUGAUUCAGAUGAUUCCCUAUUCCUCUCUCUGAUUUUUAAUCUCUUCAUUUGUUCUUCUGAGUACCGGAAUCAUGUCUGCAACUGGCAGCAAAGGAAUAUGCAUGGCAUUUCUGCUGGGAUCUCUACUAAUAAUGUCAACAAGUGGGAACACCGGUCACAAUCAGGACAACGUGCUGACAAGACCAUCCUGCUAUGGAGGUUUUGACCUCUACUUUGUUUUGGAUAAGUCUGGCAGUGUGAUGCAUCACUGGACUGAGAUCUACCACUUUGUCGAACAUCUGGCACAUAAAUUCAUAAGCCCACAGCUGCGGAUGUCCUUUAUUGUGUUUUCCACUGAGGGACGGAUCUUGAUGCGUCUCACAGAGGACAGGGAAAAGAUAAGGAAAGGACUGGAGGAGCUUCAGAUGGUCUUGCCAGGGGGAGACACCUUCAUGCACGAGGGCAUUCAAAGGGCGAGUGAGCAGAUUUACUAUGGAAACUCUGAAGGGUACCGCACUGCUAGUGUCAUCAUCGCCCUGACUGAUGGCGAGCUACAUGAAGACCUCUUCUUCUACGCCGAGCGAGAGGCAAACCGCUCCCGCAGCCUGGGUGCAUCGGUCUACUGCGUCGGGGUGAAGGACUUCAAUGAGACCCAGUUGGCGAAGAUAGCAGACAGCAAGGACCAUGUUUUUCCUGUGAAUGGCGGCUUUGAGGCAUUGCAAGGAGUCAUUGAUUCAAUCCUCAGGAAAUCCUGCAUUGAGAUCCUCGCGGCGGAACCUUCCAGUAUCUGCGCAGGAGAGACAUUUCAGGUGGUGGUCAGAGGGAAUGGAUUCCUCCAUGCCCGCAACGUGGAAAAAGUGCUCUGCACUUUCCGCAUCAAUGAUACCCUCACAAGGAUGGUGAAGCCUCUGAUUGUUGAGGAUACAUACAUGCUGUGUCCUGCACCAGUGUUGAGAGAGGAGGGAACGGCUGCCUCCUUAUAUGUCAGCAUGAACGAAGGCCUGAGUUUCAUCUCCAGUUCUGUCACCAUUACCACCGUGGGUUGUUCUGAUGGGACUAUUCUGGCCAUAGCUCUGCUCAUCCUGAUGCUGCUCCUGAUCCUGGCUAUGCUGUGGUGGUUCUGGCCUCUCUGCUGCACAGUGAUUAUCCGUGAGCCUCCACCACCAGUAGUCGAAGAUAGCUCGGACGAGGAGGAUGAGGAUGGAAUACCUAAGAAGAAGUGGCCGACAGUGGACGCCUCAUACUACGGUGGCCGAGGAGUGGGUGGAAUCAAACGGAUGGAGGUGCGCUGGGGAGAGAAGGGCUCCACAGAGGAGGGGGCCAAACUGGAGAAGGCCAAAAACGCCCGGGUCAAGAUGCCGGAGCAGGAGUCUGAGCUGCCGCCCACGCGCACGCUGAACAACGGCAUGAGGAAGCCGCAUGGCCCACGCAAGUGGUACUCUCCCAUCAAGGGCAAGCUGGACGCUCUGUGGGUUCUCCUGAGGAAAGGCUACGACCGUGUAUCAGUCAUGAGACCACAACCAGGAGACAAAGGUCGCUGUAUGAACUUCACUCGGGUCAAGUCCAACCCUCCGCCCCGCUACCCAGCCUACAGGAACAACCCCACGCCCAUCUACACCCCUCCGCCAGGAGGCAGUCCACCACCUCCGCUCCAGACCCUGCUGCCCCCUCCACCCCACAGUCCUCCAGCCUCGCCCUCCUCCACCCUCCCGCCUCUGCCCACCACCCCCCCUCCCUGCUCUACCCCCUCCCCUCCCACCACCCCACUUCCAUUCACUCCACCCCCCUACACCCCACCACCAACCAGGGCCCUGCCUCCCACCACGCUCUACUACCCCCUGCCCGUGGCUCCCCCCUCUCCUCCUGCGUCGCCUACCGGAUCCCUGCCUCCACUCCCACAAGCCCCUCCCCCCGGAAGAGCCCCGCCUCCCGACCGUCCACCGCCACGCCCCUCUCCGUAGGGCGGCUGUUGUGAUUGGUGUGUGCAGAGGCUCUGCUUCCUGGAGCUGAUCCGUGGAGCGUGAGGCGGGACAGGACAUUCAAACGCCCCCCCCACCCCCUCUCAGACUGCUCUACACGUGUUCAUGUGGCCACGCACUAAUGAAAUCACCUUCCAUAUCUCUAUUGGGACAGAAUCACAGAGAAAUACAUCCUAUCCCCAAGGCCUCAACCAAAGAAAACAACCACCAUCCACACUGCAACGUCUGCUUUCUUAGGUGACUUUUCUGAUAAUGACCACACAUUCUGCUAUCAUUGUAGCACCACCCCUGUGGACACAUCUGCAUAUCUGCACAUAAACAAUGCACUCAGUCAGCUUCACCUGGUUGUUUCCAUGAAGCAUGUGCAAUGGUCAUUCAAAGAGAUUGAAAGGAUGGACAACAGUUCACCCACUCAUUGCCAUCUGCUAAAACAUUUAAAGACUUGAGGUUCUUGAGAAUGAGUACUUAGAGAAGGUGUUUUGAGGUUUACUGUUUGUGGGAUGCACAUGUAAAAUUUGCUUGUAAAGAGCAAAAUGUCUUGAAAUGGUUUUGGUGAAAAGUGUAAUGGACAGUGAACUUUCACUUAGGGAUACACUUUCCACUAUACACAACAAGCUGAAAUUAUGAUUUAAUGUAUGUGUAAUGUAUAUGAGUUACUUUCUUGCACAAGUCAAUUCUAAAGACCAGAAAAGAAAAAAACUGGAAAAAAUUAAUGAAUAAUGUUCAUGUACGUCAAAGUAGACCAUAUUUGUUUUGAAGAGACAUUUUUCUGGUUGUGUCUGAUAUUUCCAACCUGAAACUUGGGACACACUUGUCAGAAAAGAGAAGAAAAUUAAUUCCUACCCAUUCUUGAACUUGCAUUUACCAACACAUGGAUAUGAUGAUAUUAUUAUGUCAAUAUUAAAUAACAGCUUGAUGCAAAUUUGGAUAGGAACAGAUUGUUGGGUAAUAAAAUGCCAAACAAGUAGAUAAAUAACAAAGGAAAGAGAGAAGGCAACAUAGGGGGCCUCAUCUAAUAUGGAGGCAGUUUGAUGCAGGGAUGUUGAAGGGUCACUUGAAGACUAUAAUUCAGGUUUAAGCACAUCAUUUUCUCACAGACUAAAUGUAACAAGUGCAUGAGUAAGUGUCCGUUUUUAGCAUUCCUAGAGCAUUUUUAUACAUUUUUUAUAAAUGUGUUUUGUAUAAAUAUAUCAUACUCUUUUUAUGUCUCUCCAUUGUUGUUUCACAUUAUUUGUUUUAAUUUGUGUGGUUGAUUUUGUUUUUAACUUCUCCAGUCAAUGAUUGUACAAUUAGUUACACCAAGCAUGUGCAUCGCAUCUGAGUUUGUGUUUGAACACGCUCUGGGGUACUUGUGCCCCAUAAUCGAACAGAUUUCACAAUGUUGGCACACAGUAUUUUGAUAUGUCGUAUAUAUUUGACACCACUGUGUAGCAGAAUCAAUGUUUAAACCCAAUUUUGCCCCUU